GCCAAAAUUGAAUCUGAUAGAGUCAUCGGAUCUGUGGGCAAAAAAGUAGUGCAGGAAACUGGAAUUAAAGUCCGAAGCCGGUCACAUGGUUUGUCAAUGGCACAUCGGAAAGGUUUUCAACAAAUGCUGCAGGGAAUUUCAGAGGAUGUUCCCCACAGGCUGCUAGAUCUUAAUAUGAAGGAGUACACUGGCUUCCUUGCCUUACUAAAUAAGGAUUUGAAGCCUCAGACCUUUAGAAAUGCUUAUGAUAUACCAAGACGGAAUCUUCUGGAUCAUUUAACAAGAAUGAGAUCUAAUCUUUUAAAGAGCACUCGAAAAUUUCUUAAAGGCCAGGAUGAAGAUCAAGUACACAGUGUACCUAUAGCACAAAUGGGGAAUUACCAGGAAUACCUCAAGCAAGUACCUUCUCCACUGAGAGAGCUUGAUCCUGAUCAGCCUCGAAGGUUGCAUACAUUUGGCAAUCCCUUCAAACUGGAUAAAAAGGGUAUGAUGAUAGAUGAAGCAGAUGAAUUUGUGGGACCUCAAAAUAAACACAAACGGCCUGGAGAGCCAAGCAUGCAAGUCCCGAAGAGGCGCCGGUGUGCCUCUCCACUCUUGAGAGGCCGGCGGCAGAGCCCUGCUGUGAACAGCCACAUCGGAGGGAAAGGCGCCUGCACCAUGACUCAAGCACAGCCAGGUCUUAUUAAACCCCUUCCUCUGCAUAAAGAAGCCACUAAUGAUUCAACAGUAGAUGAUGUGGUUGAAAAUCACGUUGCAGACCAGCUUUCAUCAGACAUGACACCAAAUGCUAUGGAUACUGAAUUUUUAACAUCCAGCAGUCUUCUGGAACCAUCAACCAAUCAUACAGAGGCCCUUGGUCAUGAACAUUUAGGAAAUAAUGACCUCACUGCUGGUGGAUUUUUAGAAAAUCAUGACGAGCCAAGAAAUAAAGAACAAAGUGCUGAAGAGAAUAUACCAGCAUCUUCCCUCAGCAAAGGAAAGAAAUCGGUGCAUUGCAGAAGCCAUGAGGAGGUCAACACGGAACUAAAAGCACAAAUAAUGAAAGAGAUCCGAAAGCCAGGAAGAAAAUAUGAAAGAAUCUUCACUUUACUGAAGCAUGUGCAAGGCAGUUUACAAACAAGGCUAAUAUUUUUACAGAAUGUCAUUAAGGAAGCAUCCAGGUUUAAAAAACGAACAAUAGAACAACUGGAGAACUUCUUGGAUGAAAUUCAUCGAAGAGCCAAUCAAAUCAACCAUAUUAAUAGCAAUUAAAAGAAAAUAGAAUGUGGCCACUUAUUUCACAGUCUUCUCCAAAUACAAAGUAAAUACAAGACUGUUGUAAUCUUGCAUUCAUUCUUUGACAUGCAUUGUUGGCUAUUUGAAAUACUAAAAACAGUCUACAGAUCCUUUCCAUCAUUUUACAGUGACCUUUUCAUUUUGGUUUAUUUUUGUAAUGUGAAAAGUAUCACUAAUUUUUUUUUUUUUUUUUAAUUUAACAAACUAAAACUGUUCUCCAAAUCCUCCGCUUGUCAUUGGCUCUUGCGUGUCAGUUUCCCUCAGGUUAUAUUUUCUUAAACCAACCUUUAAAAUUGUCAGCUCUGUUAAGGUUGAACUUUGCCAAAAAAAAGAAAAAAGAAAAAAAAGAAAAAAAAUUAAAAAGAAGUUACUUUGUAAUUUUUGGGGAAAAAAGCACAUACAUUAAGAACUAGGUAAUGUUUUGUAUAUACAGUUAUUUUGGAUAUAUUAUUGUAAGUUGUACAAAUGUAUUUUGAAGAAUAUUUAAGAAAAGCACUUUUGUUAUUCCAUCAAUAAAUGCUCUAUUUUACUCUUGUGUGGUUUAGGAAAUAAUCACAUUUAAAGUAACUACUUAAGAACAUUCUAAGACAAUGGAAUUUUAAAGGCCUUGCUUUUAGCAUUGAAAAAUACACAACUUAAUAUUUGUUAAACUA